GUCAAAAUGUCCGCGGACUUUUCCUGUUGUCGUCGUGGCGUUCUUGAACUCUACACGGGUACAGAACGUCUUUGUCUUCCCACUUAAACCUUCCGAACAACCGACGUCGUCGUGAGUGUUUAGUUCUUCUUGAGGGGUCUUUUCCCUUGGACAGGGUGUCACGAUGGGGAUACUUAUGCGCACCUACAUCUUCAUUUGCGUCUUCGGCGUGGUGUCUAUGAUCUCCAUCGUCUUCAUGACCUACUCGAGUAAGAGCACUCAUCACAGUGUGCAAGUCAGUGAUAGGACACUGUGGAAGAAUCACUGGAAGACCUACAGUGUACAGAAAAACCACCGAGACGUUGGAGCAAGGAUAGAGGAGAUCAAAAAAAUUCAUUCACCCGCCGAGUUUAGAGAGAAAACCGACAUUCAAGAUGCCGAAGACGACAACUUUAGUGUUAAACUUUUUUCCGACGGCGACCGUAGACCCAACAGAAACACCGCCAGCGUUAGGGAUAGUUUAGACGGUUCUUCAAAGGAUUUCCCCUCCGAUAGUAAGUGGGGUGUGGCGGACGAGAGCAAAGCUGGUCCGGAAAAGGUCCCCUCGUUAUUUAAAGAGGUGGAACGCACGGCUGAAAAGCUUUUUGGGACUCCGUUGGAGCAUCUGUCUGAGGAAGAGAGAGAGAAAACCAAAGAUGAGGAGACUAACGGAGCGGUGACGGAGGCGCCGACAAGAUAUUUACGCAAGAACACUUCCAGGGUUGUCUUCAAAGAGCAGCCGGUCCUAAAUAACAGCAAGGCAACUAGCAGUAAGGCAACUGCCGAACAUAGGCAUUUAGUCAUUGCUGAAGCGAGAGACAGACUCUCGGCAUUAAGGAAGAAAUACAAUGAAACACCAAAAUACAGUCAGCAUUUUACAAAAAAGAAACUUGACGCGGUCAACAGAACGUCACAUAUCCGGGAGGCAGAACAAGCCUACCUGUCGAGACAUAAACAAAACACUAAAGUUGAGACCGCCAAUGUUCGUCAGCCAGCGCCCCUCAGACGGAAACCUGUUUCUAAAAAAAUAAGCAGAACAUUAGAACAGGCUAAUGGAAUUGGAGGUGUUGAAUUUAAAGUCGGUCGCAAUCACCAACCCAUCUUGGUGAGCAGACAAGUGGUGAACAGGUCUGCUAUUUUAAGCUACCCUAAGUACAUCCGAAGCAACGCUACUCUUUCACGAGUCCUACCUCUCGGUAACCUAUCGGCAGGUCGAUGCAAACCUCUAAAUAAUUUUGCCAUGAUGAAGACGCAUAAGUGCAGUAGCUCUACGCUGCAGAACAUUUUGUACCGCUGGGGCGACGACCACAACUUGACAUUUAUCUUGCCCAAGGAUGGAGUCUACCUGGGCCAUCCUGAACCAUUCAAUAUCGAGUAUGCGCAACGGGUCCCUGGUGAUCGGUACAAUAUUUUGGCUAAUCAUGCCAGGUAUGAUGAAGGAGGUCUGAAGAAGGUUUUACCCAGCGAUACCAUUUAUAUCACCAUUCUACGUGAUCCUGUCAAACAGUUUGAAAGCGCCUUCACGUAUUACAAGUUCGACGAGCGAUACAGCGUGAGUGGACUCCGAGGUUUCCUUCAGCAGCCGGAGGUAUACUUUCAGAGCGAGCCUGUCUACCCACGUCAGGCUGGUCGGAAUCAGAUGCUGUACGACCUCGGGCUGGACGCACGCUUCAUGGAUGAGACAAGCCACGAGGUCCAGAAGUAUAUCGCCAUGAUCGAGAGUAACUUCCAGCUAGUCAUGAUCGCCGAAUAUUUCGAGGAGUCGCUGAUCCUCCUGAAGGAUCUGUUUUGCUGGAGCGUCGACGACAUUGUGUACUUCAACCAGAACGCUCGCAGCAAAGCCUCCGUGAGGCGAGUGACCGGGAGUAUGCGCCGAGACAUCCUGGACUGGAACUCGGCGGAUAACUUUCUCUACAAUCACUUCAACCGGACCCUGUGGGCAAAGAUCGAACGCUUCGGCGUCGACAGAAUGAAGGAGGAGAUCAAGGAGCUUCAGCUCCGGAACGACAUCCUGAAGAGGAAGUGCAUCGGUGGGAAGCUGGAAUCCCAUGAUCCUAGGAUGUGGUAUCCGGAAGGGAUUAAGGUCAACAGCUUCGUCAUGAACCCCAACGCCUUAGGGGACCAUCUCUGCGAGCAGCUCAUCAGGCCUGAGCUGUCCUAUAUUAGUAUCCUCCGAGCGAAACAGUGGUCCACCGCGGUUAGCCUGGACCGCAAGAACUACACCAGGAGAAAGAGGAGCAGGCAUAUUCCUUGGCGAGUCGUGGAGUUAGACCCAAAAAAGAAAACGGGUUGAAGGGACUUCUACUUCAUCUGAUGAUAGGAAGCGCCGUCAAAGGAUUUCUAAAAUUCUCUUGAGAGUUGUGUAACAAGAAAGGUGUGGUAGUACUAGUUUUUACGUGAUGGGUACGCCAUCUAGAGUGAAGAUAAAACGCAUAGCGAUCAACAUGGCGCCCCUUCGUGUUUGCCUCAAUAGGAAGCCGUAGGGAUUUCCUCCAAGACAAGGUAUUGAAUGAGGCGCAUCGCUAAUGCCAUGUGUUGCUGCUUACUGGUGAAGCAAGUGGCUGUGUGCUAUAAUGAUCUUUGCCAAGUAUUCUGCAGUCAUCCAUGUUAUCUGUAGGGCAGUACUCGAGGAGGGCGUGGAACUAGGGGUAGAAGAGAGCCCCUGUACCCACCCCACCCCAAGCUCCGCACGCCCGCAUCUCGGUGGAGCAUCGUGGUUUUUACUUACUAUAAAUAGGGAGGCCUUCAGGGUAUGAUGUUGUAUGUGAUACUGUUAGAGGCUUGUAAAAGUAUACGUGCAGGGUCCAAAUUUAAAAUAUAAAAAAACUCAGUAGGUGAUAACUUCACAUCCUCACAUACAGGAUUGGCACAGCUGACAAAAGAUGACGGUUUUCAUGUUUUGUGUGAUCAACCGUAUACAUCAAAUACUUAAUUAUGAAAAUUUUGGCUUUUUUAUCCGUUUUGUGAGUCAAGAAAAUU